UAGGGUCAGGUGUGCAUUUUCCAUACAUACAGUUCUGCUAGGAAGCAUGGUGAAUCUUCGUAUUUCCGUGUGGCUUAGUUAAACUAUUUAAAUGUAGUUUUUAUAUCUUUUAUUCUAUGUUUUGUGUAUAUUUUAUAGUGGUGUGGCCUGCCUGGGUCAAAAACGCUUGAACAAGCUUUGAAGCAGAUGUCACACUGAGUAGUUAGCGGUAGCAGUAGUAGUUUAGUCGGGACACGACUGAGUCUCAAGCCACUGAGCUGCUCCUGGUGGUUCGCAAACACCGGGUCACUGCUCGGAAGUGAAGAGCUGAAAAGGUUUUUGUACCCAUUAUGGACAGUAUGCUAGACAGUCUCGCAGAAAAUGAAUUUGUUAGCAUUUCUGUUCGGGAUCCAAGGCUCCACAAGGAUGACUUCUGGCGCACACAUGUUGAUUAUGAGAUCCAUUUAUGUACCAAUAGCAUGUGUUUUCGAAAGAAGACUUCCUCUGUACGGCGACGUUACAGUGAGUUUGUUUGGCUGCGGCAUUGUCUGGAACAGAAUGCUCUGAUCAUUGUAUUGCCCAGGUUGCCACCUCGGAACCCCUUCUUCAGUAUGAGGAAGACAGAACAGGUCUUUCAGAGGAUGAAGGGCCUGCAGGACUUUUUAGAAAAUGUUGUUCAUACACCGUUAUUGUUAUCAGACAGUCGGCUCCACCUGUUUCUUCAGUCGGACCUCAGCAUUACAAAAAUUGAACGGUGUGCUCUUGGUAAGACCAGGUAUACAGUGGCUGAAGCCAUACAGCGUUCUGUGGGUGGUUGCAUCAGAUUGGAAGACAAGGUCUCCUGUGACUCCGACUGUGAAAGCUCAUCAUCAUCAUCAUCAGGCUUGGGACUAAGUGUGGACACGCCAGUGCAAGGUAGCCCCCUCCCAUUUUCAGAGUCCUUGGCCAGAGACCAGCAGCUGUUCAUCUGAUGUUCUAAUUGCCCUGAUGUGUUGCAGCUUCCUCUCAAAUUUAUGAACCUGUUUGUUUUUCGUUUCUCCCCCCAAGUGGUGCAACUUCUUUACUUGACUACCAAAGAACAAAGCUUUCUUUUAUUUAUAAGCUUCAUUAUUCCCCUUAAAUGCAUUUUAAUAAUUUGCUUUAAGCAAUACCAUAGUCAAUUUGGUGUACUUGGAAAAAAAAGUUCAUGUUUUAAAAAAAUAUUGUAAUUCUACAUUUAUAAUGGCAAAUUCUUAAAUAUUUCCUGUGUACAUAAUUUUGUCCAUGCUCAAGUUGUGGUUAGUGAGAUGUUUCAAACUGUACAUGGGCUUUUUAUGCAAAUAUUUGAGAAUACUUUUGUGUUAAUUGGAUGAAUAAAUUGUCUUUUU